CUAAUCAUUUAUUGUAUACUCAGAUGGAACUUGGGCUUUCCCCAGUGUCUCUCGAUGCUUUGUAUCCAGUCGUCGAAGAGGGGCAUAUAGCUCGAUGGAAAGAAACGGGAUCUUAUGAGGAUCUAAUGUCUUACUCUGCCGGGCUACUUAGUGCUCCCAACGACAUCUUGCCACAUCCGAUCACGACAGUCAUUCAGCUUGUAUUACUUGAGGCUGUUAGUAAUACCCUCCCGGCUGAUAAGGUUGCAGCUUUUCUUCGUCAGCUUGCCACCAAACCUUCAGAAUCAACAUCAGGGAAUGUAGUUAGCAUCAUCGUUGAUCUCUUCUGGUUCAUGGAGGUUGAGCUUGAUAUUUAUGCACAUAACCCAAAGAUCCAAGAGAAAAAGUCAGAAAGGCUCGUUCAGGUCGCCAAAAUGUUAAUUGCCCAAAAAUUCAUUCCAGAACGUCUCAUGAAGGAGCGCUGGGAGCUAUCUUUCUUGGAAAAAACCGGCGUCAUCUCAAAUAUUGAACUCUACAAAAAGCGUAUCAUCCGUAUCAAUACAACUCAACUAUACAAGCAGCACAAGUUCAAUCUCUUAAGAGAAGAGUCCGAAGGCUAUUCGAAACUAAUAACGGAACUUGCGAGUGGUACAGCUGACAGCGAUAAUGUCGGUCAAAUCACUUCUAGGGCUAAGUCAGUUCUUAGCAAUGUGAUCCAUCUUAUUGGUUACUUCGAUCUUGACCCAAACCGCGUCCUUUCCAUCGUUCUGGACGUCUUUUCUGCAAAUAUCAUCACGCACCAUCAUUUUUUUAUUGAGUUUCUGCUGAUAUCACCAUGGUGUCUCCAAACGACAGGUGACCUGCCAGCAUUCAAAAACAAAGCUUGUGCUCAAAUUCUUGGAUUCAUGUUUCAGGAUUUGCAGCGUCCUGAAAACCGCCAUAAAUCCCCAAUCGAACUGUAUACAAUCUCGGCCUUAUUGACCAAGCACUCCAUCAUGAGUUUAGAUGAUCUUUAUCACCACCUCUCUCCAACUGAUGAUGAGAUGGUCCAAGACUACAAGAAAUUCAUAGAAAGUAUGAAAUCCAAAGCCCAGGAAUAUAAAAGCAACCCACUUGCGAUGGCUGGCGCAUUAGAGGAUGACACGGUGACUGGAUCAACUACAGCAUCUGAAAAUAAGAAUGAUAAAGUGGUAGAGGAGUCACUACCAGAGGCCAUUCCUGAGUUACCACUUCCUAAUCAAAAAAUUGGAGUCUUGAAUGCGCUUUUAUCUAUAGGAGAUCUGGAUCACGCAAUGUUUAUUCUUGCAAGGGUUCCUAACCUUACAGCUUCUCAUCCUGAAACAGCUGAUUUGAUCUGUCGCCUUAUCCACGAGAUGAUCGAUCCUGUAUAUUCAACCUUCUCACCAACCACGUGCCAUCCGCAAUUAAUGAAGCGCAAAGAUUUCACUUACCGCUAUCCUAUUACUCCAGAGGGACAGGAGGUUAAAACUGUACGCACAUUGAAUCCAUGGCUUCCACUUUCUACAGGAACUGAACGUUACGAAUACUUUUAUCAAGGAUGGAGAGACAGCCUUAUAUUGUGCCAGUCGGUGCAGGACAUCAUUGACUAUGUGUAUCCAAUACUGACUGUUGUUGGUGUUCGCAUUCAUCGAGACUUAAAACUAGUGGCCAAACUGUGCCGUAUUGGAGCUGGAACUCUUAAUCGACUUCGUCGCGAAAUUGCUAUGCUUGGUGGACAGGACGAUACUCAGCAAGUCACACUCAAAUCAGAGAAAGAAACUAUUGAAAGCAUAUGGAUCGACAUGACGAGAUCCUUAUUUUUGCCGACAGUGUCUCUUGCAUACUCCAAUCCUGGUAUUGUGCAUGAAGUAUGGCAAGUGAUAAAGGGACUAAAUUAUCAGACACGAUUUGCUCUGUAUGGAGAAUGGAAGUCAGAGGCAGCCAAACAAUAUCCGGAACUUCUUGUGACAACUGCCUCAACGGAGAAGGAUGCCAAGAAUAUGAUGCGGAGGAUUAAUAGGGAGGAUGUGAAACAGUAUGGACGCAUGUUUGCGAAAUAUGCCCAUUCGAAUCCACUGAUUGUAUUUGCUGCAGCAAUCAAGCAACUGGAAGGUGGUUAUGACAACAUGGUGCAGCCACUCGUAGAUGCUUGCAAAUAUUUGACUGAUUUUGGACAUGAUGUUCUCGGUUAUUCAUUGCUCGAAUCGUUAUCGAAGAAAACACGUAGCAAGGUCCAGGAGGAUGGGACCUCUAUCGCAAAGUGGAUGAACACAUUGGCCUCGUUCUGUGGAAACUUAUAUCGAAAAUAUCCCUCGGGUGAACUGACGGGCAUUUUACAGUACAUUGUUAAUCAGUUGCGACAACGUAAUGCUCAUGAUCUAGUGGUAUUGCGAGAACUUUUGUCAAAGAUGGGUGGAGUAGAAGAUUUGAGUAACUUGACUAAAGAGCAGCAUCUUGCGAUGGCGGGCGGUGAAUUGUUAAGAAAUGAAGUACUUGCUGGAGGCGUUACUGGAACUGUCAUGAAAAAAAAUGCAAGAAGCUGUAAUCGACUACAGGAGGCCAUGGUGCGCGACAACAUUGCUGCUCAAUUUGUUGUUUUACUUGCUCAACAGAGACAGGAAUGUAUCUUCGGACCAGUUGAAAUCCCCCACUUGAAAGUCUUGAGCAACCUUUUCGAUCAGGCGCAUCUUACUUUCCUGCAAUUUUUAGACUUUCUCUCGUCCAAUCUCCAGAGAGCAUAUCCAACGUUUGUUCCCAGUCUCACGGAUCUUUGUGAAACCUAUAAGAUUGACCCUGCGAUUGCUAUGUAUAUUGUACGGCCAAAGCUACAGGAACUAAUACGUCAAGAGCAAACAGCACAAACUGUGAUGCAGUCCACUUCCAACCCUAACCCCAACUCAAGUGACGCCACUGUCAUGGAGAUAGACGGCGACAAGUCAAACGAAUCAACCACUGUUGCCGAUGAGGAGCCUUGGUUACCAUGCUUGCGGUCUGCAGCUUUAGAGAUCAAAUCCAUUCUCCCACCUAAAGCUUGGCGCUCUAUGAAACCACAGUUCUACAUUACCUUCUGGCAGUUGACUAUGUAUGAUAUCUAUGUUCCUGUCCAGGAAUAUCGCUCUGAAAUUAACAGGUUAAAACAAUCUAUCAGCGUCAUGGAUAAUGAUAGAGCAACAUAUAGCUCUAGUGUGCAAGCCAAGAGGGGCAGAGAUCGAGACCGUUUGGCAAAUACAGCAUCAAAAUUGCAGCUUGAGAUGGACCGCCAUUUAGCUCACCAUAAGGUGAUCAUGGAGCGUUUGAAGCGCGAGAAAGACCACUGGUUUAAAGGAUUGGAAGCCGACCGUGAAGAGAUCAUUGGUCAGGUCAUCCAGCACUGUAUCUAUCCAAGGGCUGUUAUGUCCAGUAUGGAUGCUAUCUUUUGCUCGACGUUCAUUCAACUGAUGCAUUCAAUUGGAACCAUCAAUUUUUCGACAUUAACGCUAUUUGAUAAAUUAUUUUUGGAGGUCGAUCGUAUCCUUUUUCUCUCCUCCGAGUCUGAAGCCAAAUCGUAUGGCUUAUUUUUGUUCAAGGUGUUAAGUAAUCUAGCUCGUUGGCAUAAAAGCCGAGAAUUAUAUGCCUCAGAGGGUCGUGGUAAUAAUCUGCCUGGAUUCCAAGAAAAAUGGGGACCACAUAGUACCAGCGGCGUGAUUCGUGAAGAGGACCUGCUUAACUUUGAAAUGUUUCGACAUGGCCUCUUUAGAUGGCAUGUCAGGUUAUUCCAGACUUUCCAAUCCGCUGUUGGAACCGGAGAAUACAUGCGUAUGAAAAACACGAUUUUAAUGCUUCGAGAACUUGCUCCGCGCUACCCAGAGUUGGUGGCGAUCGGUACACGAUUCAUGUCAAUUUUCAAACCUAUUGCUGAGAGUGAGAAGAGAGACGAUUUGAAACUCAUGGCAGCAUCUUACCUGGGAGUCUUGAAAAAAGGACAAAAUUCUGGGGCCUGGUUGCCUGUCAGCCAGUUCCAUCUCGUUCAACCGAAGGAGAAAAGCGAUAUCCAGUCCAGUACCAGCAAAUCGUCCACUAUUGAUCAAUCAAAGUCUGAGUCAAAUAAGCAACCAUCUGUCAAGGCUAGCGCAAUUGAGGAAGGAAGCACCACCAAUACCACUACUACCAAUGCCAAUGCCAAUGUCACCAAUGCCGGCACCAACACCAACGCUAACGCGAGCACUAGCACUAACAUCAACACUAACACCAACACCAACAAUAACAGUAACAGCGGCAGCAACAAUAGAUCCAUGGCAUCAAAUGUUGGAAAAGCUUCACAAAGUACACGUGACCGUGUAUCAACUGUUAAGGACUCUCGAGUAGGUGGCACUGUGUCACCCAUCGGUGGACGAAGAAGUGUUGUGCCUUUGCCGCCAAAGCCAGGAACUCCGUCCUAUGAAAACCGGCAUGAAAACUCCUCUUCUGUCUCUAACAGGGAUGGACGUGAUCAUCCAUCGAGGGAAAGGGAUCCACCAUCCUCUCAUCAGCCACGUGCGGACAAUCCACCUGAGCUGCUUGUAAUAUCAUUGAAAGGUGGGCCGAGCGGUCGGGACGCCCAGGAGAGCCGAGAUCUGAGCAAAGACUCCAACAGGCGGGAUACUUCCAACAGAGAUACUCCCAAAGACGCUUCCAGAGAGAAUCUUAAAGAUGGUCUUAGAGAAGGUCAACGGGAUGCAACGAACGACACUGUCAGAGAUUUGGCAAGAGAAGGUUCGAGCAAAGAAACUCCUAGAGAUACAGGCAGGGACGCGGGUAGAGAUGCUCGGGAUACUCGGGAUACUAGAGAUACUAGAGAUACUAGAGAUACUAGAGAUACUAGAGGGGAUACUAGGGAUACCAGGGAUACUAGAGACACUAGAGACACUAGAGACACUAGGGAUAUUAGAGACACCAGGGAUAUGCCAAGAGAUAUCCCACACCCUCUCAAUAUUAUGAGAUCAGAAACAGGUAGAGAGUCAGGCAGAGAUGGAUUUAGAGAAGUGCCUAAAGAUGGUCCUAGAGAGAUAUCCAGAGACAUAGGAAGGGAUUCUACUCGGGAAAACAAUCCUUAUCGGGAUACGCGGGAUACCGGAUCGUCAGAUGUACGUGACUCUCGCGAUCGGCGAGAAGCUCGCGAUCGCCGCGAUCCGCGGGACAUUGCACAAAGUCGCAAAGAAUUAAGAGAUUCUGCUCCUAGAGAUCCCCGCGACCGAGAUCCAAGGGAUUUGGUUGCUCGAGAUGCACGAGACAGCCGUGAUCCUCGAUCGGGAACAGGCUCUAGCCGAGAAGUACGUGAUUCGAGAGAGCCAGUUGAUCCGAGAGAUACUCGAACAGGACGUGAAGCUAGAGACACCCGCGACAGUGAUCGAUCUGACGAUAGAGAUAAACGUUCCCAGCGAGAAAAGGCAAGAGAGAAUACUGAUCAGAUCUCCUCUGAAUUUCCCAUGUCUACAUCUGCUCGGGAUCGGCGGCGGCUAGAAGAAGGCUCCCGUGAUCUGGAUCGGCGCUCAUUAGACCGCAGAGAAGGACACCGAGAUCGAGAGGAUACUUUUCAGAACAAUCGAGCCAGUGGUCCGUCGCCUAGACGGGGAGAUGAGAGAAAUGAUGAUUUUCAGAGCAGCCGUAACAAAGCUUCACCCUCGAGACGAGGAGACGACAAAUCAAGGAGCGACGCUCGUGACCGAGACACAAGAGACUCUGGGUCACAAAGUAGUGGCUCUCGAGAUCAUCAGGCGCCUGCUCGUAUUAAUAGAGAUGAACCAGAACAUAGCCGGACAGGCUCUUCGUCAACCUCAUCACGACAUGAACAAUCAGCAUCAGUACGCGAUGGAAGAGGGUCCUCCCGUCGCCAAGAUACCAUUCAAGAAUCUGAAAGUCGCAGAUCUUCUAGGGACCCUCAGAGCCGGUCCGAUCGUCAUUCCGAUUCAAGAGACCACAAGCGCGGCAGAGAGAGUAGAAAUAGUAGUCUAGAGAGAGAAAAAGAUUCAAAGCGUCGGCGCGAAGGCUCAGUUACGGACUCGUCGCGGCAGGAUUCGAAUACAGGAAGCUCAGGUUCGCGUCGCAAGCGACAGAUCGAGCCAGAUGAUAACCGGGAGCCACUUCUCAAUGAACGCUCAAAAGAUUCUUCUCCAGUUGUCGAUGCAAUUGCUAUGCCACCACCGUCGUCAUCUUCUUCACCAUCAGCCCCUGUAAAUUCCAACUCUUCUGGAAGUACAAGGACCUCCAUCGUCAUGCCUUCGCCUACAUCAGGAUCUAAGCGCAUCAAGUUGAACAGACCGACGGAUGGUGAUAGCCCACUUAGUUCACCUUUCCCAAGCAGUUCUGCAGAUUCACCCACAGCAAGCCCACGUAAGGAUAAUGAAUCAGCAUCCAAGUCUAUAUUAGAGAUGGGUCUCACUACGAGUUCUCUUCGUGCACGAUCUAGCAACAAUGAGAAUGCAGCAUCGUCUUCAUCUUCAAGAGGUUCUGAGCGAGAUCACAGAAGUGAAUCAUCUCGAUCAAGAGACGGUGCUACUAACAUUGGACAUGGUCGUGGAAGUAGUGGUGGUAAUGGCAAUAAUAACAACAACAGCAAUAAUGGUGGUGGCGGGAACUCGAGUGGUCGUAGCCGACAAGGUGGUUCUUCAGGUGGUGGAGGUGGUAGCAGCGAUCGCAAUGGUGGAGGAGGUGGUGACCGCAAUAGCGGAGGUGGCGGCGGUGGCGGAAGACGCCGUAGGAUAUAGUUUUAUAAGGGAAAAAAAUAUCAAUAGGCAUGGGUACCAGACUUCAGUUUUUCCAUCAGUCUAUAUCUCUGUAUUUAGACCCGAGAGCCUUUAUUAAAUGUUUCACAAAGUGUCUGUGACAUUCAACCGA